CUAAUUCAUACUAUAUUAAUAGUUUGAUGAUUCAAUUAAAAUUUUGAAAUUUGGGAUGAGUUAAAAUUUGUAGCGUAAUUAAUUUUUUUUCAAUUUUAUUUAAUUUAUAAAUAUAAAUAUAUAUUUUUUAAAAAGUGCAAAUUAUUGCUUACUGCCAAGGCUUUCGGAUCACUGGAAGAGCAGUUCAGUUUGGCCGAGACACUGCUCCGCUCUGGUGUGGGUGUUGGGUUGAUGGGGUCAACUCUGCCUCAGCCAUUCCCCUUCAAGUGGGAUUUACCAACUGAAGAACCCACUUUUCAUCUCAUCACCACUGCCGCUUCUCUCCGCCUCGGCAACCUUCUCCGCCAUCAGCUCCACCUAGGGUUCCACCUCCGCUCCUCGUUCAAGAAACUCUGUCAUCUAUGUAAUGUGCCUAGAUUGAAUCAUGUAUGGUCUGAAACAAUUUCCAACUUCAUGGGAAUUGGCAAUUUUCGGUUUGCAAAUGAUGUUGUCUGUUCCUCGUGUUCAUCUUACUUAUGUUUCUUCAAUGGGGGAGAACAAAGAAAAUAUUUUGGAAAUGAGGGUAAUAGUGGAUCAUCCAAGAUGAAUACUUCCAGGAGAAAUUCAUUCAACACAAGGAAAUGGACCAACAUCCUUUUAGCUAUUAAUGUCUUAAUUUAUGUUGCACAACUGGCAACACAAGGGAAGCUCUUGCUUUGGGGAGCUAAGAUUAAUAGUCUUAUUGACAAAGGACAGAUUUGGAGGCUGGCCACAUAUUCUCUUUUGCAUGCAAAUAUAGGGCACCUUAUGGUCAAUUGUUAUUCUUUGAAUUCUAUUGGACCUACUGUGGAGAAUUUAAGUGGUCCAAGGAGAUUUCUUGCAGUUUACUUGACAUCUGCUAUUUCAAGUGCCGCUACAAGUUACUGGUUCUGCAAAGCACCCGCAGUUGGUGCAUCAGGCGCAAUCUUUGGAUUGGUUGGUUCUGUUGCUGUGUUUGUCAUGAGGCAUAGAUAUAUGAUCAGAGAUGCCAAAGAAGAUCUGCAACACAUAGCACAAGUUAUUUUCCUAAACAUGGUUAUUGGACUAAUGUCAAGAGGCAUUGAUAAUUGGGGUCAUCUAGGAGGCUUGCUUGGAGGAGCAGCAGUGUCUUGGCUUAUAGGACCUGCAUGGAAGUACGAAUCUAUGGCCAGUGAUGGCCGAAGAAUAUUCUCAGACCAACCACCACUUUUUUACCUUACUGACAGAAAAUGGAAACCUUGAUGAACCAGUGUAAGUAUUGAAAAUUGUGACACAAGCUCUGAUUUAAAUUAAUUCUAGACAUACUAGACUAUAUGCAAAGUAUAGUAGGGGGGUUUACAAGGUAGAAGUGAAUUCUAAUCGAAUCAGUGAUUUUCCAGAAAAUAAUCAAAGGGGAAAUGGUGAUUUCCCUACCUAUUUUCUGAUACAUCACUGGACGCUCAGAGUUCACCACCAUUUCUGUAUUGCAUUUUACCAAAACAAUCUAUUUUCUGAUAUCUGUAGUGUAGUGAUGUUUGAAGUGAAGAUAGCCCUUUUCUUUAUAAUGAAGCUAGUUGAAUCUUGACCGUUCA